AAUGCUCUCAUUCCCCGCACUAAACCCCUCUAGACAGUGCCAUUGUUCACUGCAUUUCCCAUUCUAAAGGUAUAUGCACAGCAUCUCAUGGGCUUGUUCCUGGUUGCCAUUGGGUAUAUCACACCUUGACUGCGCUUAUUAGAUUGUUCCCCUCCUUCUCUCGCAUGUCGCGCGUUGGCAGAUUAAUGCAAGGUGCCUUAUGUGAGGGGCACCAUAUUUAAGUGUUGAGGAACCUGGGUCUAUCAUGAAAUAAAUUCCUAUCCUCCCUCACAGACUCUUCAAUAUCUAUCUCGGAAGGAAGUUAACGCACACACAGUUAUUUACGAUGGCAACCCAGGUCCAGGUUGAAAACGCCCUGCUCGUCAAGGCCCGCGCCAGCGGCAGCAAGGAAGACUGCAUGGCGCUCUACGACACCUGGGCGACAUCCUACAACCAAGACCUCACCGAUGCCUCCCAGAGCUACGUCGCCCCGUUUACUGUCGCCCAAACCGCACUCCAAGUCAUCAAGUCGCCGAACGCGCGGAUCCUCGACGCCGGGUGCGGUACCGGCCUCGUCGGCGAGGGUCUCAUCGGAGGUGUCAGCAAUGCAGCAACACUAAUCAUCGACGGUCUGGACCUAUCCCCGGCGAUGCUGAAGGUCGCCACCAAUACCGGGGUGUAUCGCACACUCACAAAAGCCGACCUGACCAAACGAAUCGACCUACCCGCCGAGACCUACGACAUCGUGACCUGCGCCGGCACCUUCACCCACGGCCAUGUGGGGCCGAACCCUGCGCUCCGCGAAUUCAUCCGGAUCCUAAGGGCAGGCGGGUUGAUCGUGGCAACUAUCCUGGACGAGGUGUGGGUGUCCAUGGGGUUUGAUACGGAGAUCGAGAGGCUGGCCGCCGAGAGCCUGGUACGAGUAGUCAGCAUCGAGCUCACCGACUAUCGGAAGGGGUGGGACAAGGCGCGAUUGGUGGUGUUGGAAAAGACUGCGACUGCUUGAUUCGUUGCCAAUGCGCCAAACCUGUUCACAGGAAUUGCUUGGACCUCGCCCAACGCGACAUGGAACCGACCGACAACUUGGCCCCAGUGCGACAACCCCAAGGCGAUCUGUUUCCGAGUUCAACGCCCAAACGCAGCAGGACUGGCGACCCUAACGCAGGUUCAACUUUGCCCAGUGCGCCUGAAUCUAGUCUUCUUAGGCCUCACAUACACGUUAUAAACUUCUUCUCAUAUUUGGCCUUGCAUAGUACUCAUAACCUGGGGCGGUGUAGUGAGAAUACAUGGCAAUCAAAGGGGCAGAUCCUCUUCAUUCUAGGUUAACUACUACUGUAUUGACCAGGCAGC